UAGAUGAACACAGAGUUUUUGCCCUCACUAGCACUCCACCACGAAUGCUCCACCCUGCUGCACACUCCACUCAGCAAACCCCAUUCAUGGUUGACCUUCAUGAACAGGUACAUCAGGGACCUGUCCCUUUGUCAUACACUGUUACAGCAGUAACCCAAGGCUUCCCUUUGCACACUGGGCAGCACAUCCCAGGGUGCAGCACCCAGCAGUUGCAAGCAUGUUCUGUCAUGUUCAGCGGACAACAUUACCCCCUCUGCUGCCUUCCUCCUCCGCUCAUCCCUGGGUACACUGUGCAGCAGCUUCCUGUAUCGUACCAGCCAUUUCCUCCUCUUCUUUCCAGCGAUCAUUAUAUUUUGCCUCCUCAUCCACCGCUGCCACCACACCAGCCACCCCAUAUGGCCUCUCUUACCCCAUUUGUUACCGUGCAGCCACAGAGAAUGCCACUGCAAAGGAUAGACAAUGAGUUGGAUCUUCGAGAGGACCAACAUCACAUGGGCAACUUCCCAUUCCACCACUCUCACCCUGUGCCUACAUUGCCCCAUUCAGUGCCCAUGCAUUACCUCUCCCAUGAUGCACUCCACCAGGAGCUGUCCUUUCCAGUGCCAUACGCUCAUCUGAUGCCGCGGCGACUAAACACUCAGCGGUAUCGCCUGCAGCAACCACUGCCGCUUCCCACACUGCCUCCUUCGUACUAUCCUAGUUUCCUACCCUACGUCCUUUCCAUGCUUCCUGUAUCCCCCACUUCUGUGGGGCCAGCAAUCAGCCUGGAUUUGGAUGUGGAUGAUGUGGAAAUGGAGAACUAUGAGGCACUGCUUAACUUAGCUGAGCGAUUAGGAGAAACAAAGCCGCGUGGCCUCACCAAAGCCAACAUAGAGCAGCUUCCAUCUUACCGCUUCAACCUUGAAAGCCACCAAUCUGAGCAAACCCUGUGUGUGGUGUGUUUAAGUAGCUGCCAACUUUCAAAAUCACUAAGAGUGUUACCUUGUAACCAUGAGUUCCACGCAAAAUGUGUUGAUCAAUGGCUCAAGUCCAACCGCACAUGUUCCAUAUGCCGGGCUGAUGCCUCUGAGGUUCACAGAGAUGGAGAGUGAGGACAAGAACAUGCCCUCUUGCCUCCUGCCGGUGCACAAACCCAGAGGGAUCCACACAAAA